GAAUUUUAUUCGUUCGUUCCUGUCAUUUUUGCUGUGAUGCUUGCUCGUUGUGUAAAAACUUGUGUUUUGUUGCUAUAAAAUGGCUGACACCGGAUUACGUAUGAAUUUUGCUGCAUUAAAGAGGGCAGAUCCAUAUGCAAGAGAAAUAAUCGACAGUGCUACCCACGUUGCACUUUAUACUUUCGAAGAAAACGAGUGGGAGAAAACGAACAUCGAAGGAGCUUUGUUUGUGUACAGUAGAAAUGGAGAGCCGUAUCAUAGUUUGGUGAUUAUGAACAGAUUGAAUACGAAUAACCUGAUCGAGCCUGUAUCGAAGGGAAUAGAAUUACAAUUGAAAGAGCCAUUCCUGCUGUAUCGGAACGCGAAGUCACGUAUCUACGGCAUAUGGUUUUAUGACAAAGACGAGUGUGUUCGACUAGCCACGAAGUUAAAUUCGCUCGUCAAGGAGUCGUUUAAGGGGGCCCCAGGUGAGAACAUGGCGCAUAAUCAAGUGUAUAACCCAUCUACGCCGGCGAAUGCUCCCGUUGACAUAUUUAGCAUGUUGAGCAAGGCGCAGGACGACUUCAAUUCCAAUAAAGGUAUGGCGGUGAAUAAGACGGAUUCUACGCCGUCUCGGGCGCCUGAUAUGGCGUCCCAAAGCGUGAUGGACUUCUUUGCUAAAGCUGGAAGCGGCGCGGCUGCGCAGAUGCCGGCCGUAUCGUCACUGCCUUCACCCGGCAUCUUCGGGCCGCGGCCUACGGACGCGAGGGAUGGCCCUAUGUUGUUGCAAAGGCUCAUGAGUAACCCGGCGCACACAGUCGAGCAUAUAGAGAAGCAGCAGCGGUCUGUCACCCCUCAGGAGCCUCAUAACACCAAUGGUAACGUCUCAUUAGAUCAGAUGCGCCAAAAUACCGGAUUUUCCAUGAAAUCUACGCCAAUCGACAAGCAAUGUCAACAGAGGAUACCAGGAAUGAAAAAAGGGCUGGACACAGCAGAAACUAAUGGUCCUAAUCCUUUGGAAAAUGAGCUGAAUCUGAUGCAUAUAUCCUCUCCAAAGCCUAAUUCGCCACUGGCCAACUACUUGAAUCAAUCCCAGGAUGUCAGCCACCCAGUAAGCUCUUUUAAUGGCAAGUUGGAGGAUAUUGGGAUUUUCCCACUGAUUAACAAUAUGACACCUCAGCAGAAGCCGGCUUUAAUGCCCCCCACUAUGUUCACGGCUAGUACAGCGGGGGAUGCCCAGCCACCACCAGAACCUCUCACUAGAAACCAACUUCUCCAGGCUUUCAAUUAUUUGCUAAAGCAUGACGCUGAUUUUGUCAACAAAUUACAUGAGGCUUAUGUUAAAUCCUUUUCAGAAAAGGCUUUCUCUGUGUCAUAAAAUUCAUUCUUAUUGACCUGUGGCUGAUGUUGCCAGCCACGAUCCAUGUACAGAUGUAACUUGAAGUUUAAAUCCACUAAAAUGUUGUGUAGACCCUCUAGUUUUGUAGUAACUCAUUGUUUGGACAGAAUAUUUUUAAAUAAGUUUUAAACCUUUGACUUUGUCAUUAAAAUCUGUAUAGAGAAUGAAUUUUAGUGACUUUCUAAUCUUGUUUAGUCCGGACAAGUCUUGUAAAUGGUUUAUUGGAAAGCCAGUUUGUGAUAUUUGUAUUGGCUUCGGCAUAAGAUUUAACACUAAAUCUGGUACACUGCUACUCAAAAUAACUGGUUUGUUUAGUUUAGUUGUAACUUGUUCAUUGCAAUACAAUGCAAUUGGGGAUAGUUUCAACAACUUCUUGUUUUGUAUAUGCUUUUUAUCUCAAUAGUUUAAUGAACAUGAUUUGUUGCAAUGGACUUUGAGAGUAAGGACAUAAUUUUGAAAAUAGUCUUGUGUUUGUAUUGUUAUAAGGACUGCAGGAAUUUGCUAUUACUUUACAAGAUUUUUUCUUAUCCAUUACACCUUAGUAGGUUAUGCAUCCAUUUUUUUUAGUUUAUUGUAUAUGUUAAAUGUUUUAUUCUUGUAAAAUUUGUCAGUAAGCUCUUGUAAGGAAAAUUUCUCUUAUGUUUUAUAUUUCCGUUAAAUUUUAGUGAAUAUAUUUCAAACUACUAAGGCGGGUUAAACUGAACUACUUACAGGGAAAUCAGAUUGGUAUAAAAUACUUUUUCUUUUAAAUUUUCAUUUACUGUUUAGGUAAAAGAGCUAUAAUUUACUAAGUUAAAUUUCCCUUAAGAAUCAAUUAUCGAAGUCGGAAGGCGUAGGUUUGUUUGCUUUUUAGUAUCCCAUUUAAAUGGAAUCUAAAAAGUUUAAAAUAUUCAUAGAAAUAUGAAUGGAACACCAUACCCUGGAAACAUAGACAUCAUUUUUAAUCUUGGGAAGAUGUUUAUGUUUCACAGGUAUUAAAAAAAUUACAAUUAAAGAUGUGGAUCAUCUUUUUGGUCUUCCUAACUCAGACCAUACAAAUAAAUCGAUUUAUCAAGAACAAGGAAAACGUUGAGAUUGACAAUUCUAGAUUACUGUAAACUUUUUUCUUAUUGCAUGGGAGCUCACAUCUUGCCAUCUAUACAGAUUUGACGGAAAUAGACAUUGGCCUAUGAACACAAUAAUUAAGAUUUGCACUCACUAACUUGUACCAGUCUUUUAAACUCAUUUGGACAAUAACUUUGAUAUGAAGCUCCCAAGAAACAAAUAGUAAACAAGUAUGAUAACUUUCUGGCAACAUUUGGACAUUAUGAAGCAGAAAAUUCAUCAAAAUAGUCUCAAAUUAAAGGGUUAAUGAAGCAA